AUGGCGACCGCCGCGACCGUCCGCGGGACCAAGCGCGCGGCUCCGUCGCAAUCGCCCGGCGACGAAGACGAGGUCGAUGCGCGAUGCGGGGUCCACCCGCGCGGGCGCGCCCCCGGGGAGAUUCGGCGCUCGUUCGCCGCUGACGCCGCGUCCGCGGCCCAGCCCGAGGAACCCUCGACGUCGUCGUCGCCCUACGUCCAACCCGCGAACAUCCACGUCGCGUACACGUCCAAGCAGAUCGACGCCUACGUCCGCGCCGAGUUUUACCCUAACGACGAAGAAGGCGACUCGUCGUCGGAUGGAGGAGGAGGGAUCAGGCUGGUGGGCCUGGACGUCGAGGCGAGGCCCUCGCGGGUCAAGGGCGUCACGCACCCGGUCGCGCUGGUCCAGGUGACGACGCCGGACAACCGCGGGUGCCUGCUGGCGCACGUGUACGGCGCCAUGGGACUUUCACCGCCGACGCCCAAUCGCCCGUACGUCCCGGGGUCGGCCGUGACCAAAUUCCCGCCGCUCCUCGCGCGGCUCCUACACGAUCCGAACGUGCUGCCGGUGGGACAGGGCGUCGCGGAAGACCUGCGGCAGAUCGCCAGGUGCUUCCCGGAGGUCACCAACCCGGGGGUGCCGAAAGGGGGUGCCGAACCGGGGUGCCGAAGGGGUGCCUUUGUCGACCUCGCUUCAAUCGUCGACUUUUACGACGUGCCCGCGUCGGGCCUCGGCCGACUCGCCCAACACUGCGGCUUUUCCGACGUCUCCAAGCCCAAGUCCGUGCAGGUGAGCGACUGGUCCAGGACGCCGCUGACAGACGCGCAGGUGAGGUACGCGGCUCAGGACGCGUGCCUGUCCUUGUGGGUGUUGGAGCGAUUGUUUGCGAUAUACGCCCCGCCCGGCGUGAACCUUCACACGUGGGCGAGCGCGUUUGCCGGGUGUGAGACGCGGAAAGACGUCGCGUCGCGUUGCAAGCGCCUCGACGGCGUCAUCGACGUCACGAUGCGUGCGCACAUGCGCGCGCGGCUUGAGCGGUGGAGGGACGAGGAGGGCGACGCUAAUUACGUUAAAGCGUUUCGCAAGUGCAGUUUGGCGUUGGCGAGGCACGACGCGGGGGUCGACGCGGGGGAACGAGGGGUCAACGCGAGGUCGACGCUGGCGCAGUUGGCGCAGUUCUUGAACGUGCGGAUCCGGUUCGAUCACGCGCGGGACCGGAACCCCGACGGGGGGCUCAAGGGGGGCCCCAACGGCGGCGCGACGGCGACGUGUAUUCUGGACGACGGCGAGACGAUCGGUCGAGGCCGAGGCGUUAACAAGAAGAGGGCGAUCAUGGAGGCGGCGCGAGACGCGCUUCGCCACCUGCGGGCGACGAAGGACGGCGAGUGGUGGUGCGAGUCCCUCGUGAAGACGCUGAGAGGUCAUGAAGACGCGGCGGACCUGAUGCGGGCGACGGGCGGGGUGGCUGGCGGGUUGGAGUGGGCGUGCGGUCACGGCGACGGCGGCGGGUGCGAGCGGGCCAGGAGCGGCGUGGCGGCGUACGUACCUAGGAACGCGGCGUGA